UAUGAAGUUUGUGGUUUUCAUCUUUAUUUCAUAAAUCUUGAAAUUCACCAACUCUAGAAGACCUCGGUAUAGUCCAGGCCCUGGUUGUUCCUUCCUCGCUUGCCAAUCGCGAUUGUGGCAACCUUCUAAAAAUCUCGCGACUUGAGUCUCUUCUCCCACUUCAGCCUCAUCCUCGACCACGACGAAGAACCACCAUACUUUUGUCUCCCAGCCUGCUUACAGGUUACAAAGACUCUAAGUGAAUCAUCAUCGCAACCAAGAAUUCCUGAGGUCUUUAUCUCGGUGUUUUUCACGGCCUUCUUUUCAGCCUCCUCAAGUCGCGAUACCAACAUCCAGCGGUUCGCGUUUAAGAGGCGUUGAAAGAUCACAACAACCAUGGCUCUUUGCCAAAACCGUCUGCAGGAGGAGCGAAAGCAAUGGCGACGAGAUCAUCCAUUUGGGUUUUAUGCAAAGCCUCAACGAAAUGCCGCUGGUGUCCUUGAUCUGAAGAUUUGGGAGUGCGGAAUUCCAGGCAAGGAGAAGACUCUUUGGGAGGGCGGGCUGUUCAAGCUGAGCGUCAUAUUUCCCGAUGAGUAUCCCACAAAGCCCCCGAAGUGCAAAUUCGUCCCCCCAUUGUUCCACCCCAACGUCUAUCCAUCCGGUACGGUCUGCCUCUCGAUUCUCAACGAAGAGGAAGGCUGGAAGCCGGCGAUCACCAUCAAGCAGAUUCUCCUCGGUGUUCAAGAUCUCCUUGACGACCCUAACCCUGACUCCCCAGCUCAGGCUGAUGCAUACAACCUAUUCAAGAAGGAUCGCGCGGCAUACGAGAAUAAAAUCAAGCGAAUUGUGCGGGAUAACCCAGCACCCUGAACAGCUACGGAGUGGGAGGCAUAUGUAUGGGUGGGCGAUUUGAGCAUAGGCGUUGGUGGGAUUUGCUAGGGCUUUCUCGAUUGCGGACUGAGCAUCACGGGGGGCUUUGACUUUGGGAGCAGUUGAGGGAUUAAGUUGGAGGAAGGAUACAAGUCUCCAAAUAGGCCUACGUAAUGCGGGAAAAUCGAAGUUCAUGACUCUGUUUUGGCUUACCU